AUGGCGUCCACUAACGCGCUCGCCGCGUCCUCCUCAAAUCCUAACCGCCAAUCUGCCAUCGGCGGCGACCGACAAUCACCGUCCGCGUCGAAACCCGUACCUGUGUUGAAUCUGCCUGCUUUGCAGAAUGCAAGUCGCGUCCUGCUUGACCAACUCAAUAAGGAUGCGCAGCUUGUGCCAGACCUCAGCGAUCUGCUGAACGCACCCAACUCCCAAAGCUAUAGUGUCUUUCCCGAUGACUUCCGCACCCCGUAUCAGAAACGCAAGCUCGUUGGGAUACCGGAAGGGCUGUUUCAAUACUACAACUCCACCAAAGUUACGACUCAUAUGGGCUUGAUGCCCGAGAUUGAACGCGUAUGGAUAACCAUUGACCACCACCUCUUUCUAUGGGACUACAUCGAAGGACAAGAGUUGAGCUCCUUUGCCGACCAGCAGAACGUCAUAAAUCAUGUCGCUCUAGUCAAGCCGAAGCCGGGUGUCUUCAUAGACGAAAUCACGUCCCUUCUGGUGGUCUGCACUCCAGUGUCUGUAUUUCUUCUUGGCGUUUCUGCGAAUACCGUUGCGGGACCAAAUAACCGAGUCCAUAAGGAGAUCAAGCUAUACUCCACGGACAUGUCGGUUCCCUUCCAGGUCGAGAUGACCUCCGUCAUUGGGACGCAGGAAGGCCGUAUCUUCAUGCAUGGAGUUGAUGAUGGUUUCCUCUACGAAUUUCACUACCAAGAGAAGGAAGGAUGGUUCGGAAAGCGAGUUCAAAUUAUCAAUCAUUCUGUGGGUGGAGUCCAAAGCCUCCUACCGAGGUUUGGGUCUUCCACGCAAGAAGAUAAGGUCGUUUCCGUAAGGUCGGAUACUGCAAGAGGCAUUCUCUAUACCCUGACAACCCACAACGUGAUAUCCAUUUAUCGAGGCAGCGGUGACAAAAGCAUCCAACUCGUUCAAGUCCUCGUCAACCUGUGCAAGUUAGCGCAGGAUAAGGCCCCUGGCUCGCCAGCCUUAACCCCGCAAAAUUUCAAAAUUAUUGCGCUACAUCCCAUCAGUCCCAGAGAAUCGCGAUCUGGAGUUCAGUUGAUGGCAUUGACCGCUAAUGCAGCUCGUCUGUACUUCGCGCCGUCCUCUUAUGGUACUGCCGUCGGGAGGAGUGCUGGCACGUCCAAUCGUUUGCAGCUGGUCCAUGUUCGCCUACCGCCAACUAACCUCCUACACCCCGAUGAGCAGUCAAACCCCUCUCGCCCGACCGCGUCCAGAUAUGACAUGUCUCAGGGAGCGCAGCAGUCUACCACCGGAUCCUAUACCGUGACUGCCUUGGAGAGUUCCUGCUAUGACGAGGGCCUCACAAUAGCUGCACGACAUGGUGACCUUGACGGCGUAGACCAUAUCCUGUGCCUGUCCCCAGACCUCAAGAAGAUCGCUUCACUGGGGCGACCUGAGGAGUCAUCACCAACUCAACAAAACAAUCAGCAGACACUUGCGCGUUACGGUACAACCACGUCCCCUACUCGUCCACCACUUACUGAAAAUGCGACGGUGCUUACAAUCCCCGGGCGGACAUGGGCUAUGGCUCCUGUACCGCGUCCAAGCGCAUCUUUACUCUCUGCAUCCUCUCCGAACGUUCCUUCUCCCGUCGUUACGAAUGAACUGGCUUAUCAGUUCUCCGAGCCAAGACGGCAGUUCAUCAUUCUUACACAUGUUGGACUGACCUACUUGGCCAAGAAGAGAGCGAUUGACUCCCUCAAGGACGUCGUGGAAGAGUUUCUUGUUGAGAAUAAUGCGGCACCACUCGUGGAGUUCCGAAACAGUUUCGGUCGGGAUCAGACGUGCGCUAUGCUUCUCGCUCUUGCCAGUGGUAACACUUUCCUGGACAUGGGAGAACAGUCCUCAUUGAAUGACAUAAGCACCAUCCGUCCUGAGCUAGCUGCAGUCGCGAAGCAAGCAUUCUACGACUUUGGCGAACGACCAAUGUGGACGGAAAGGGUUACGUACGGCACAAGUAACGAGUCCGGAACGGCGAUUUUCAGCGGCCGACGGGGAGGUCUCGCAUUAUACUUUGCCCGGCUCGUCAGGCCGUUCUGGAAGGCGAAGCUAACAAAACCUGGGGCUCUCGACUUGCAGGAAUUAGCUGUUGAUGCAAAUGUUCUCGUUAUAUCGCAGAAGAAUCUUCUUGCCUUGAAGGAACUGCUGGACGGCAACCCUCAGUUAUUCCAUUCUACUUCCGGUGACCAUACAGGUGUACGUCCGGCUACCGCCAGUGAUCAAGAGGCAUGGAAAGCGGAACAGAAUUCGGUCUCCCAGCUCAUAAGCCUUCUGACGCGGACGAUUGAGGCUAUAUCUUUUGUGCUUCUUCUCAAUGACCAUCGUGUCGGCGAGGUCGUCAAACAGUGCGGACCGGACACACAAGCCUUGGUCACCUCUAUGACAUUCGAAGAGCUCAUAACGGAUGAGAAAGGUAUUACCGCCUCACGAGGCCUGGUUAGCGUUGUCAUCAACCAACAGAUCGGUCAGCAGAUCAGUGUAUGUGUCAUGCAACGCCUUAAGGUGGACACAAUUAGCGAGAUUCUGCAACAACGAUGCGGCUCUUUCUGCAGCACCGAUGAUGUCCUGCUGUACAAGGCGAAAGAGAACAUCCGUAAGGCUGUGGAGACCCAUAACCUUACGGAGCGUCAAACGUGGCUAGGCGAGUCGCUCAGGUUGUUCGCGAAGGGUGCUCGCAACCUGGAGUUUGAAAAGCUGCGGGAGAUUUGCGGAGACUACCAGCAGCUCAAUUAUGCUAGAGGAGCGGUUGAACUGCCUCUGCAUUGCGCGCAGGCGUACGACGCUGAUAACCAGGGCUCAGAAUACUGGGCUGCCGGAUGCCCUGCUGACGAUUCACGAGCGAAUAGCUGGAAACAACGUCUGCAUUGUUACGAGUUAGUUCUAGAUUCGUUAUCGGUCUUUGAGGACCGUGCUGCCAACGCGAAACAACCGGCUACAGGAGCCUUGACCGUAGAUGAUCCUGAAACGGUGCGAAACCAUGCAUAUGAACUCUCAUUUGACAGCCAGGACGAAAUGUUCCAUUCUACUCUCUACGACUGGUUGAUUAAACGAGGGAUGGCAGACGAGCUUCUAGAGAUGAGACCGUCCUACCUGGAAGCGCAUCUUAGACGCGAGCCUGUGACUGUCGAGAAGUUCCAGCUUUUGUGGCAGUUCUAUGUGAAGGACGGUCAGCCGCUACGCGCAGCUGAGGUGCUCGCAGCGUUGGCGGAAUCGACAGAGUUCGAUCUGUCGCUUGAUGAGCGGAUAGAGUACCUCACGUUGGCCGUCGGCAACGCGAAGUCCCAUCCGAUAUCUGCUGGCGGUGCAUACGAGACUGCUAUCGCCUUUUUGACAGACCUGGAGGAAAGACUGGAUGUUGCUCAGGUUCAGUUGGAACUCGUCAACACAUUGCUGCCUCGUGCCAGCACGGAUCCGCAAAUGGCGGAGAGAGUCAAAAACCUAUCAAAAGGAUUAUUGACCAUCACGGAGCUGUACCAGCUCUACGCUGAACCGUUGGAUCUUCCAAUCGUCAAGCUGCUCGUCUUGCACGUUUCACAACAUCAUGAUGACACCAUCGUUCGCCCAAUAUGGAACAAAAUCUUCCAAGAAGCGAUCGAUGGUGUGGAGCCAAAGGUGGCCGCAGAUCGCAUUGUCUCGAAAGUUGUGUCCCUGGGACAGCGUUUCUAUCCUUCUGAAAGUGCUUUCCCGCUUCGUCAUGUUGCUUCGCUUCUUGUGCAAUAUAGUCUCUCUCAUAAAGACGUGAUCCCAUUUGGCUGGGCCCCGCGAAUCCUAGUCCAGUGUGGUGUUCCUUAUGCUGAGGUGUGGGAUAUCCUCUGGGAGAUGUAUGAGAUGCAGGUUCCGCCGUUCAAUGUUCAACAGAACUUACAAGCGAUCUCCUCCGACAUCGCGGUCCUCCUGACAGAUUGGCUGGAGGAGGCAAAGCGGCCGCAAUCUGCUGCUGCUCAGAAAGAGUUCCCAGUAAACCGGAUAGACCGAGCUGUGGACCACUACCUCUCAGAGUUGGACCAGAGUAGAACGGAGACGAAGGCGGCAUAUGAAAAUAUCAAACGCCAGUUGCGCAUGUAUUGGUAA